CAGGAAAUUGACUCCUCUCAGUGUUACUGACUCACAGUUUUUGCUCAGAGAAUAAGCAUUACAUCAAGUCAGACCAUCCAACAACCAGCAAUGAAUCUACUCCUUAUGCUCUUUCUGCUAUGGACUUGCCAAGGAGGAAUCCAUAGCAAAGGAAAGAAGCCAUACUGUUCUAUCCAGAAUGAGUCGGUGCGAGUGAGGGAGGGGGACAGUGUCACUAUCCCGUGUUGGUUCAGUUACCCCAGGAAUCAGUGGGACAGCUCCAUCAGUCUGAGAGUCUAUUGGAGAGCAGCAAGAGAGCGCCCAUGUGGGAGCAAUCCUUUCAUUUAUAAUCACACAGAGAACUGGGUCCAUGGGGAUUACAGAGGGAGAAUCAGCCUGAAGAGAAACCCAAAGGAACAGAAUGUGGUGUCUCUCCGAAUCCAGGGGAUCAGGCGCUCGGAUGGGCCGAUGUUCUGCUGCCGCCUGGAACCAGAAGGCAAAACAUUAAAACCAUGGCAAAAUAUCCAGGGAACAUUCAUACAUUUUUCAGGUGAAUUCUCUGUAGAACAGGCAGAUGCAGUUCCUGCCAUUGAGGGAGAAACCGUCAUUAUCCCCUGUAUUGUUCAUUCUGCUCCUGGGGGGGAUACGGGAAGUAACAUGGCGCUGGGGGGACAAACACACAUGUAUUGAUAACCCUAACAUUAAGACAUGGACGGCAGAAAACAAAUCAGAGAAGGACAAAAAUUUCUCCCUGGUGGAUUUCCCUAGAGACGUCUCAUUACAGAUAGAAGGAGUCACCUUUUCCCAUGGGAAACAUUACUGCUGUCUGGUGCGAGUUGGAAAUAAAACUGCACAAAGUGUUCAUGGCACAGAGCUGGGAGUUGCAGCCUCGGAGCCCAGUGUUGGUUUCUUUGUUUCCCAGAGUCUGGAAGUCACAGCUCAGUCCGGAGGCUCAGCCUCCAUCAACUGCACCUUCUCUUAUCCUCCCCACAGAGCCCCCUUGUGGGUGGGAGUUUACUGGCGCGUGGGGAACCUCACAGGACCAUUUGCCUAUCACCCCUCCCAGGAGAUGGUCCAUCCUAUGUACAAGGGGAGGACAGAGCUGAGGGGGGAGGCAGAUCUCUAUAUAAGGAACGUGCAGGAGGCUGAUAAUAACACCUCAUAUUAUUGCUUCGUUAUACUCAGAUUUUGUGAGGACAGUAACAGCUUCACUACUGAGACCCUUUAUGGGACAGGGACCAGCCUACAUGUGACAGAAUCUGAGAAAGGAUGGGUGGUUCCAGUGGUAACUCUCAUUGCGCUCCUUGUCCUUCUCCUGGUUGGAACCUUGACCUACCUGAGGAUGAAAGGCAAAAUGUGUAUGAAUCCGAGCAAAGGCCAGGAAUUGAGUCUCCCACUCUCCCCUAAUGUUUCCAAUAAAUCCCAAACAAAUCCCCCUUGUGACCUUGGUACCGUGUAUCUGGAACAAGACAGAAAUCCACAAACCCAGAAUGGGCCAGAGGAGUCGUUGGGGGUUCUUUAUUCUCAGAUUAACCACAGGCCUCAUAGAAAGAAAGACAAAAAGGAGGAUGUAAGUGCCGAGAGCGAGGGCAGCCCGGCGGUACUAUACGCAGUCGUAGGAGCCACAGAACAUCAACCUGUUUAUGCAACUGUCCAAAAGAAAUAAAUCCUGUUGUGUUAUCCCCCUACAUAACAAAUGAGCAGUCGCAGGCCUCACAGCGCAGAAUUUCAUCUUUCUACUUCCACUUUGUGCUUCACCGGAAAUAGUUCCACCUCUCGGCUCCACAGAGAAGAGUGUAAGGACUCGGCGGAAUAUCUCUGGAUAAGGCAAAGCUGGUACAUAUGUUAUAACUACCUACAGCCGGAUAAUGGACUUUAACUGGGAAAUAAAACAAUUAAAUAAAUGUUACAAGGAAGGUCGAUGGAAAUGUUUCUCCUGUGAAGAUACUGAGAGCUAAGGAAUACUGCCAUGGGAAAACCUUUUUGUUACAAAACCCAUUAGUUAAUAGAGCUUCUCCAGCAGAAUCCUGCAUUGUAAUCUGUUUUUCCCAUGGGGCUAGCCAUAAUCUUCAUUUCCCAGGGUGCCCCAGGCAUGACUAAUGUAUCUAAAACAUUUAUAUGUACAUAUACAUGAUGUAUCUAUGAUAUUCCUCAAUAGGUAUAAUGUAUCUAGCUACCUGCGAAUGUGGGGCUCAAUAUGUAGGCAAGACGAUUCGGAAAGCUGGAACUUCGUUCCUUGAACAUCUAUCAUCUGCGGAAAGGAAGGAUUUUCAGUCGGCAAUAGCCAAACAUUUAGUUGAGAAACAUGAUAAUAGUGGGCGUGUAACAUUUCAGAUUAUAGUUAAACCCAAGAUGAAUACAGGUAUAGGAGCCGUUAUCCAGAAUGCUUGGGACCAAGGGUAUUCCGGAUAAGGGG